AUGAUCUCCAGCGGAGGAUUGGAAUUGCCCGCUCCCAAGGUCCGUAAUGUCGACGUGCCGGCCUCAGCUGCUGUACCGGUCACCAGAAACUUAGUCGCUGAUACUGACGCCACUGCUUCGGCUUCCGCUUCUGAAGACGAUAUGAGUACAAAUUCCGAUGACGUCUCCCUCGAUUCGUCUCCUGAGCACAGUAAAAUGUCCAGUGGCGUGGGUCGUAGUUACGGAAGAAACUCGUCUUAUUAUACUCACUCCGAGGUUAGCUCCUCCAGAGAGACUUCCGUAGGUGCACGCGAACAGACGGAACCGAAAUUUGAUAGUGAUACGGAGGAUUAUGAAUCGACGGAUUCAGCUACUAGCUCGCAGUUUUCCGCUGCGAAUAUCAAAGGCGGUCUAUCUCGGCUGGAAACUCACUUACCUAAGACGGACGGUGGAGCUGCCGUUGAGAAGGAGCUUGAUGAGAAGUUUUCUGAAGAAGAAGUAAGCGACAUUCCCAGUGCCCCUCCAUUUUCCGGGGCAGCAGAGGAAUCUGAAGAAAUUAAACCAGAGACUUCAAGCGUCCAAGUUUCAGAAGUCAAAACAGGAGAUUGUGUAGAAAGUAGACAGACUGGCCACUUUACUAGACCUAGUGCUGCUUCUGAGUCAUCUGGGCCACCUGAUCAACAUCCAGCUCGGCUGCCAACUUUUCAUGCAAGUGCUCGCGGGCCAUGGCAUGCUGUUGUUUCCUAUGAUGCAUGUGUACGGCUUUGCCUUCAUGCGUGGGCAAAGGGUUGCAUGGAGGCUCCCAUGUUUUUGGAAAAUGAAUGUGCUCUUCUACGAGAAGCAUUUGGCUUGCAGCAACUCCUUUUGCAAUCGGAGGAUGAGCUGCUGGCGAAGCGAUCUUCACAAGCUCCACACGAGGGAGUUGCACCAAAACCCAAGAAAAACAUUGGCAAAAUGACGGUGCAAGUACGACGUGUUAAAACUGUUUUGGAUGCUCCAACUGGCUGUAGUAUAUCAUCUCUGAAGCCAUCCUUGAUAAAGUUCGAGAAAAUCCGAGUUCGCUUUUCCAAUAUGUCAACACGCUUAUUUUCCGGAUGGCGGGCUCUAAGGAAGAUCCAUGUCCGUGUACCAGCCAAUGGUUCUUCUCUUUCGCGUCAAAGCCUGGGAUAUGUACAUGCCAGUACACAGUACUUAAAACAAGUUUCUGGUCUCCUGAAAACUGGUGUCACAAGUCUACGUAAUAGUUCAACGUCUUAUGAUGUUGUACAAGAAACAUACUCAUGUAGGUUAAGAUUGAAAAGCGUAACUGAAGAUGACGCCAUUAUGAUGCAACCAGGAUCCGGUGAAAGCCAUGUUUUCUUUCCUGAUAGUCAUGGAGAUGAUCUGAUUGUUGAAAUCCUUGAUUCGAACGGGAAGGAUUUUGGGCGUGUGCUUGUCCAGCUAGCUACCUUUUCUGAAGAUUCGGCUGAGAAACUUCGCUGGUGGUCUGUUUUUCGCGAACCAGAACAUCAACUUGUGGGAAAACUCCAGCUCUAUAUUGACUAUUCAGCCAGUUUUGAUGAUAACAGCCAUUUGAAGUGUGGCUCUGUUGCGGAAACAGUCGCAUAUGACCUAGUCCUGGAAGUGGCCUUGAAAAUGCAGCGGUUCCAGCAAAGAAACUUGUUGUUAUAUGGUUCAUGGAAAUGGCUUUUGGAAGAAUUUGCCUCCUACUAUGGGAUUUCUGAUGUGUACACCAAGCUCAGAUACUUGUCCUAUGUAAUGGAUGUUGCUACUCCGACUUCCGACUGUCUCCAUUUGGUGCAUGACUUGUUAACACCUGUCAUCAUGAAGGGAAAUGGCAAGAGCGCCUUGAGUCAUCAAGAGAAUCGGAUCUUAAAUGAAAUUAAGGACCAGAUGGAGCAGAUUCUGAAAUUGGUCUUCGAGAACUACAAAUCUCUUGACGAGUCUGCAUUGUCCGGAAUGAUGGAUGUAGUCAGUUCUGCAACAGGAGUACCAGCGCCAGCACUCACUCCUGCCGUGAAAUUGUAUAUGCUUCUGCAUGAUAUCUUGUCUCCCGAGGAUCAGACUAGUCUUUGUCAUUACUUCCAGGCAGCAGCAAAGAAGAGAUCUAGAAGGCACAUGGGUGAGGUAGAUGAGUUUGUUACAAACAAUAGCGAGCCCAAUUUUUUGGACCCUUCUGCAAUGUCGGCUGCUUACCAGAAAAUGACUAUGGUCUGCAAGAAUGUAAAGAAUGAGAUUUAUACUGAUAUUGAGAUCCAAAAUCAAGACAUACUUCCCAGCUUUCUCGAUCUUCCGAACCUCUCAGCCUCUAUAUAUAGCACUGAUCUCUGCAACAGACUUCGAACAUUCCUCGUUGCAUGUCCUCCAUCUGGCCCUUCACCAACAGUUGCAGAGCUUGUGAUUGCAACUGCAGACUUUCAACGUGAUCUUUCCAGCUGGAACAUUAGUCCUAUCCAAGGCGGUGUUGAUGCAAAAGAGUUGUUCCACCUGUAUAUCAUGAUUUGGAUUCAAGAUAGACGCCUUUCCUUACUAGAGUCAUGCAAACUUGAUAAGGUAAAAUGGUCCGGAGUCAGGACACAACAUUCAACAACCCCAUUUGUUGAUCAAAUGUACACCAGGCUGAACGAAACUAUUCAAGACUAUCAAGUUAUCAUUUCCAGAUGGCCGGAAUAUAUCUUUGUUCUGGAGAGUGCCAUUGCUGAUGUUGAAAAGGCGAUUGUGGAAGCUCUGGAGAAGCAGUAUGCAGAUGUCCUAUCACCUCUCAAAGAAAACUUGGCUCCAAAAAAGUUGAGCUUCAAGUAUGUCCAAAAGCUGACCAAAAGAUCUGCGAUUCCAUAUGUAGUCCCCGAUGAGCUGGGCAUUCUAUUAAACUCCAUGAAGAGGAUGCUUGAUGUUCUACGGCCUAAUAUAGAGGCUAAAUUCAAAGCAUGGUCUUCAUGCAUUCCUGAUGGUGGGAACGCAGCUCCUGGAGAUCGUCUUUCUGAGGUGACAGUGAUGCUCAGAGCCAAGUUUCGGAAUUACCUUCAGGCUGUGGUCGUAAAACUCGUAGAAAAUAGCAAGCUACAGAAGACGACAAUGUUGAAGAAGAUUCUUCAGGACUCUAAAGAAAGUGUUGGAGAGUCGGACAUCAGAAGCAAAAUGCAUAACCUGAAGGAGCAGCUCACCAACACAGUGAAUCAUCUACACUCGGUUUGCGAAGCGCAUGUCUUCAUCGCAUUGUCCCGAGGAUAUUGGGAUCGUAUGGGACAGAUUGUUCUAAGCUUCUUGGAGAACAGGAAAGAGAACAGAGCUUGGUACAAGGGUUCUAGAGUUGCUGUCUCAAUAUUAGACGAUACAUUUGCAGCACAGAUGCAACAGCUACUUGGCAACUCCUUAAGAGAGCAAGACCUAGAGCCUCCGAGAUCCAUCAUGGAGGUUCGCUCGAUUCUUUGCAAGGACACUGCAGAUAAUAAAGCUAAGUCUUUCUACUACUGA